AUGUCUAAAAAUAUUGAAAUUUUAAAAUUUGCCGAUGAAGAUGGUAAUUACAAGAGGAAACCAUCAGUCUUUCGGGACUGGAUUAGCACCAAACCUGGAUCGCGCUUUCCACCCGAAGCUGGUAGGUACCACUUGUAUGUCUCGUUCGCUUGUCCGUGGGCUCAUCGUACUUUAAUUACGAGAAGAUUGAAAGGUUUGGUUUCUAUCAUUGGUUUAUCGGUUGUUCACUGGCACAUGGAUGAAAAGGGUUGGAGAUUUCCCACAAAAGAAGAAUUGGAGUCAUUGCCUCAAAAAGAUGACAUCUCCUUGGGAACUCCUGAUCAUUUGUAUGGGUUUGAGCGGUUGAGAGAAUUGUAUUUCAAAGCUGAUUCAAACUACAAUGGAAGAUUCACUGUACCAGUCUUGUGGGAUAAGAAGGAACAAACAAUUGUCAACAACGAAUCUGCUGAGAUUAUUAGGAUACUCAACUUUGAUUUUAACUCGAUUUUGCCAACAGAGUAUGCUGAAUUAAACUUGGUUCCGAAAGAGUUGGAAUCCCAAAUUGACGAAUUGAACAGCUGGGUUUACAACAACAUUAACAAUGGGGUGUACAAAGCCGGUUUUGCUUCCAAACAAGAAGUUUACGAUAAAGAAUGUCGCAAUGUCUUUGCUCAUUUGGAUAAAGUUGAGACAUUGUUGAAGGACAACAAAGAACAAGACCGUAAAAAUGAAUUCUUGUUAGGUAAUAGAUUGACCGAAGCGGACAUUAGAUUGUUCACAACUAUUAUUCGUUUCGAUCCUGUCUAUGUCCAACACUUUAAAUGCAAUAUUGGUAUGAUUAGAACUCAUUAUCCCAACAUUCACAAUUGGGUUAGAUUAUUGUAUUGGAAGAUUCCCGGGUUUCAAGAAACAACUAAUUUUGAACAUAUCAAGUACCACUACACUAAAUCUCAUGUCAAGAUCAAUCCUUAUGGUAUUACUCCAUUGGGUCCUGUGCCAAACAUUUUACCAAUUGAUCAAUAG